AUGGGUAUCAAAGGACUUCACGGUCUCCUCAAAUCCAUCCAGAAACCAUGCAAUCUCAAGAAAUUCGACGGCCAAACAUUGGGUGUUGACGCCUAUGGCUGGCUUCAUAGAGGUACCGUGGCUUGUGCCAUGGACCUGGCAUUGGACAGACCCACCGCAAAGCAUAUUGAUUUUGUAUUGAAUCGUGUUCGCAUGCUGCUGUUCUUUGGAGUAACGCCUUACCUGGUAUUCGAUGGCGACAACUUGCCUAGCAAAUCCGGUACCGAAUCCGAUCGUCUUCACAAAAGAGAGGAAAGCAAGAAACUGGCUUUGGAAUUGCACAACAAGGGUCGUACGGCGGAGGCCCAACAAGAGUUCCAAAAGGCCGUGGACGUCACCCCAUACAUGGCGCGGCAGCUAAUCGAGGAACUGAAACGGAUGAAGGUCCAGUACGUGGUGGCGCCUUACGAGGCAGAUUCACAACUGGUAUACCUUGAAAGACAGGGCAUUAUAAACGGGAUAAUAUCUGAAGAUUCCGACUUGUUAGUGUUCGGUGCGAAACGACUGCUGUCUAAACUCGACCAACAUGGCGAUUGCAUUGAGAUCAACCGCAACGAGUUUACUGCCUGUCGCGACAUCAGCUUGAUUGGAUGGACAGACGCCGAUUUUCGACGCAUGUGUAUUCUCAGUGGGUGCGACUAUCUCCCCAAUAUUCCGAAGAUGGGACUCAAGACUGCAUACCGCAACAUGCGGAAAUACAAGAACGUGGAGAAAAUCCUGAAAGUGUUACAGUUUGAGGGGAACUCACGCAUCCCAGCAGGAUAUUUAGAGAAAUUCCAACAGGCAGAGAAUACGUUUCUCUACCAGCGAGUAUUCUGUCCUGCCUUACAAAAACUAGUCACACUUACCACCGCCGAAAAUGGUAUCAAGGUGGAGGAAAUGCCCUAUAUCGGCGCGGACGUCGAGCCAGAAAUUGCUAUUGGUGUUGCAUGUGGUGAAUUGGACCCGAUGACCAAAGACCAUAUCAACCUGAAACCAUACCCGGCGCCACGGGCCGUGCCAAAUUUAAUUCGGCGACAGACUUUGGCUUCAUCAGCUGACUUGAAGUCUAACAAGCCCAUAAACUCCUUUUUCACCCCCAAGCGAGUGCCACUUGCUGAACUUGAUCCUAAUGAUCUUACCCCAUCCCCAAGUCAACAACGUCUUCUAGAGCGCCACGCAAACAGUUCGUGGCAGCCUAGUACUGCACCUGCCAGCUCGGGAUUGAUGCGCUCCAUGUCAUCUGCGUCUUUACGGCGUUCUGGUGAAAGCCCAGUGACCAGGACUGUCGAAAGGGGAUCUUUUCUUGCCCGCGCAGCAAGAAUUGCAACUGUACCGGCUGUGAAGCGCCAGCGACUCUGUUCUGACGCUGAUGAGGAAUCACUUCCUUCACCACUUGGAGAAGCACGAAGCCGUUUUUUUGAAACUUCAAAUCAAAAUAUUCAAAAUAGUUCACGCCCUAGAAAGUCUCGCAGGUCUACUUUCGGUGUCUUCUCGGACGACGUCGCUGAGGACAUCAUGUGCCAGCUCGCAGAAUCGCCCGAUCCUGCUAAUGUGAGCAAGAAAGCGCCAGAGAAAGACGGAAAAAUCGAGCGUGCACCGGACGUUGAGACCAAUGUUGCAGAAUCUGUAGCUCAGCCUGAACCCAAUUCAUCGGCGAAGCCAAGCACUGAGACAGCAGAGUCAUGUCACACAGAAGAAAAUGACAGUACAAACGACCAAGAUAGUGUUGAUCCAUCUCCUAGGCCAGUCAGCAUUGAUACAGAACCUGGGCUAUUCAAUAAAGUGCUCGAGGCCCAUGUGAAAAACCAGAAUGCAUCAUUGCUUUCCAAAUUUGCAUUCUCGGGUUCUUCCCAAAGCCCCAACCUUACGCGAAAGUUUGAGGAGAAGCCCAGGCUUAUGACUCGAACAGCUACUUCGGGAACGGAGAUAGAAUCGGGCUUGAAUCGCAGCAAUUCCCUCCGUCGACGACUCACUCCAUUGCAGAGGCUCGGUCAAAGCGCCUUGUCCAAGUCCAAGUCUAUGGACCACUUUUCUAUUCGCAAGAUGCUGAAUAGCACUACUCGGGAUUCUGGAUAUGAGUCAGAUUUUGGAAGGGACUCUCAGGACUCACAGCGCGAUGCAGCACCGAAAGUGAACAACAAUUUUGGCGGGAGCGAAGACCAGAUCAUUCCGUGUAGCGACGAGGAGACUGAUGAAUCGCUCAACGAAGGCGAGAGACCGACGCUGAACCUUGGACGAUUCUCGUUUGUGCCUUAA